UAUACAUGUAUUUUUAUGAUUAUCCUGGAAGUUACUGCUCGUGAUUUAAGAGUAGGAACAUGGCCAAACAACGUUCCAGAUAAAUCCAGCUUCAUUAUUUCCGAGGACCAAGAGUUGAUCACCACCAAUCAAGAUAUUUUACAAUUGUUAUUUAAUAAUGGUAAAUCAGUCGUAGAUUAUCGUAAAGCAUCCACGGUUUUUAUGGUGAAAUUAUUUAAUGAGUUACAGCGAGGACAGACUGUAACACAGGGAUCAGAUCAAUCGUGGAACAAACCGGAUAUUUCUCAAUCAGAUACAAUACGAAGUUUCUCAGCUAAAGCUAAAAUCAGUUCGACAAAGAACUCCAAUAAAAAUGUUUACUUUCAAAUACCAGAGCUACCAGAAAAUGAACGACUGAGGUCGGCCGAGAUCAGAUUUUUACGUCAUCCUAUCAAAUACGUGCCAGGUGUAAAGAUGAGGUUCAAAAUUGAACUAAAGCGAGGCGAUACCGUGAUCAAAAAAUUAGCUUUAAGGACAAAACCAGAAACCCAAGGUGAACACGAAGUUAUUGAUGUUAGUAGAGUUGUUAGACCUUGGAUUAAUGGUUACCAUGGAAAUAUUACAAUUCACAUGAAAGUUCCAAGAAAACUUAAAUUAACCAAAAAGCGCGGUUCGGGGGAUUCCGGUUCUUUAAUAGUAUUUUAUUUAGAAGAUGGACAAUUUUUAUCAAAUGUUUAUAAAACUCAAGAGAAACACAACAAAGAAUCCGGUUUAAACAAUGUUCUCUCCAGACAGAAACGACAUAAGAUCGAACGUAAAGGUCGUAGACGCAACGGAGGAGAGUGUAAACUCUACAAUUUCGAAGUGGAUUUUAAUGUCAUAGGUUGGGGCCAGUGGGUUAUUCACCCUCAAAAGUUUAAUGCUGGAUUUUGUCAUGGAGAAUGUGCUUCUCCUAUCGAUGUAAAAUAUAAACCUACAAAUCACGCCAUGUUGAAAGCCUUAAUGCGUAGUAAGGUGAAGAAUAUAGCGCCCAGUGCAUGUUGUGUACCAACUAAAUUAAAGCCAUUAAGUAUGUUAUAUUAUGAAUAUGAUGAGAUAGUUGUCAGACAUCACGAGGAAAUGAUUGCAGCAGAAUGUGGCUGUCGAUGA